UAUACCUCCAUUUUUAUCAAUUAAGAACUAGAGUCUCCAGCCAUUUAAAAAAAAAAGUGAGAACCAGGAUUUGAAAUAUUGUUUCAAUAAUUAAGUACAAUCUUAAGCAAAUCAUGACAGAAAAUAGCCAAAAACGUUCUAAAACCUCAAAAUCGAAGCUUGAAAGCCCCAGAAACGUGCUGACUGCUUCAAUGCUGACCAAAUUAAGUCACAAACACGCUCCAUGAGCCGAGCGGACGGUCAUAAUUGAUAAACCGCAAAUGAGCAAUCAAUCAAGUGAGGAUUUUAUGCAAAAUCUUGCAUUCAACUUGAAAAUGGCGGGGACAUGAUAAUCGAGGCGAGACAAUGCGACAAAACGGAAAAAAUGCAACCGUAUUUCGUGUGUUUUUGUCGAAAUUGAAAACGAAGCGAAGAAAACACUCAAGCUGGAAACUGAUCCACCAGCGAUCAAGUUGGCAAACCGGCGAAUUAUUCGACUAUGAUUUAUGAUCGAGCCGCGAAGAAAAAAAUUCGAAUAUCGAUGGACAACAGGUCACAUUAAAGGAAGCGUGACAGAGAGGGGCGCUGAGCAACAGAGAAGGCAACAAACAAACAAGUCAAAUGUCAGAGGUUUUUUUUUCAGAGGUACGCUAUGGUAUGGUAUGGUGUGGUAGGUAGAGGCGAAAUAAUUGAGCAAUUAAUUAAACCGGCGAGGAGGGUAAGAAAAAAAUUAUAGAAAAAUAGUGGAGAGUGAGAAGCGGCGGAACCAAAACAUUCAGUGUAUAAAAGGCCAUCGUCCACCUGGGGAGGGCAUCAUUAAGCCAACAACUGAAAACCACUCAACAUGCGUCUGUUUGUGACCCUUUGCACUCUCGCGGCUCUCAGCCAGGCCAAGCCCCAGGGCUAUAACUAUGGCAGCGGUCUCUCCGGCUCCCUUACCACCACCACUUCCGGCGGCGGAAGCAGCGGCGGCUUCCUGACUGCCCCUAGCCACUCCCAGAACUCGGUGGCCUCCUAUGGACCCCUCGGCGCCUUCCAAAGCGCCAGCGUGGGCUCCCUGGUGGGCAGCUCCACCUACCAGGCUCCCCAGACCGUCACCCACUACACCAGCGGUGGGGGCAGCGGUCAUGGCGCCAGCUACUCCACUGGCUCCUCCUCCAACUAUGGUGGCGGCUCCAACUAUGGCAGCGGCGCCACUUCCGGCGGUAGCUCCUUCACCGGCUUCGGGCCCUCGCCCAACAUCGGAUUCGGCGCCCUGUCCGGCUACCAGGCACCCAGCUACCAGCAGCAGCAGGAGCAGGAGGUGCAGCGCGGCUUCCAGGAGCCCCUCAUCCACAAGCAGUUCUUCACCGUGGCCGCUCCCGAGGAGCACGAGAACCUGGAGAGGACUAAGCACCUGGUGAUCGGACGCCCCCAGAAGAACUACCGCGUCGUCUUCAUCAAGGCCCCAUCUUCCAGCAACGCCAACGUCAAGCUCUCCGCCGAGUACGCUCCCAAGGAGGAGAAGACCGUCAUCUACGUGCUCAGCAAGAAGGACAACCAGCUGGAGGUCAACGACAUUGCCACCCCCGCUCCCACCGUGCCCAGCAAGCCCGAGGUCUUCUUCAUCAAGUACAAGACCGACGCGGAGGCCUCCCACGCCCAGCAGCAGAUUCAGGCCGAGUACGACAGAAUCGAGGGAACCUCGGAGCACCAGGACGGUGGAGUGGCUCCCGCCCAGUCGGUGGUUGGAAUCCUGGACAGUGGUGCUAUUGGUGCCGCCAGCUCUGGCAGCUCUCAGUACGUGUCUGGCACCUCGGGCAGCACUCAGUACGUCUCGGGCGGCACUGGAUCUACUGGCGGCUCCUACACCACCGGCACCUCUGGAUCCACUGGUGGCUCUUACACCACCUCGGUCACCGGCGGCACCUCCGGCGGCGCCACCAUUGUGGCCCACAAGAACGCCCAGAGUGCCACCUAUCUGCCACCCAACGGCAAAUAGGCUGCUCACUGCAGUGGCUCAUCUUUAGAGACAAUUCUUUCUGUACAGUAAUGCAAUACUUAGCGAAAAUAGCCUUUUUUUGUGAAUACCUGAAUAAACUUUAAACGAAAUAGAAGAAUAA